UAUGGGCUCAUUAUGCCCAAAAAAUUGCCGCAGAAAAAUCUUAUUUCAGAGAAACUCUCAGUGUUUGCAGAUGACUCUGAUGAAGAGCCAUCUGUUGGUGAAAGUCUUCAGAAAGAAGCAUUGAAAAAACAAGCAAUGAAACAGACUAAAUUGGAAAUUCAGAAGGCUUUGGAGGAAGAUGCUACAGUGUACGAAUAUGACAGUAUUUAUGAUGAAAUGCAGAAAAAGAAGAAAGAAAGUAAUGCCAGUAUGUUAUCUGGAAAAGAUGACAAAAAGCCCAGAUACAUCCAGAAUAUCCUCAAAGCAGCUGAGAUUAGAAAGAAGGAGCAAGAAAAAAGAAUGGAAAGAAAAAUACAGAAAGAGCGUGAAAUGGAAGGAGAACAGUUUGCUCACAAAGAGGCUUUUGUGACCUCAGCCUAUAAGAAGAAGCUACAAGAAAGGGCUGAGGAGGAGGAAAGAGAAAGAAGAGUGGCAGCUCUCGAGGCAUACCUGGAUGUGACCAAACAGAAGGAUCUCAGUGGAUUUUACAGACAUCUUUUAAACCAGAGAGUAGGGGAAGAAGAGAUGCCUAAAUGCAGCUUCCCUGAAGCCAGGAUAAAGGAAGAGAAAUCUGACAGUUGUUAUGAUGAGUCCAACCAAAGGAAUAAAUGCCCAUAUGAACGACAAAGACUGAAGCCCUCUGCUAAGAAAGAGAAUAAUCCAGAUGCUGAUACCGACUUAGGAACUGAUAGUAGUGAUGAUGAUAAGAGGCACAAAAAUAGUAAAGUAGAUUUGAAAAAGAAGAUAAAAAGAGAGAGCUCUGUGAGCAGUGAAGAGGAGGCUAAACAUCACAAGAGACAGAGGCAUUCCAGGUCACCAAGCUCAUCCAGUGUGGAGGAAGAGCUGCGCGCAAAAGCCCGAACAAAUCAUCUUACAAAGAGGGGGGAGAGUAGACCAAGCAGAAGGGGAAAUGAUGAACAAUCCAGGGAAAAAGAUUAUGAGAGAAGUAGGACCCAUGAAAAGGAUCAUCAAAGGGAAAAGGAAGAGCGACAUAGGUACGGGGAUCACACUAGUAAAGAUUACUACAGACGGAGGGAAGAGCAAGACGAUAAACAAAGGGGGAAGGAAAGAAAAGAGAGGGAGGGACAUGGCAGAGAGUGGAGGAGGGCAAAGGACAGAGAAGAGAAGGGCUCAGAAAAGGAACGAGAGAAAGAAAGAAUAAGAAAUAGUAAAGAUAGGUAUAAUGACAGGGAGAAAGAUAGAGGAGAGAAAUGCAGAGAGAAGGAAGAUCAUGGGAAGGACAGGAGAGAGAAAUAUGGUGGAGAUGAAAAGAAAUACAGAGAGAGGAGGGAAAGUACUCCUGCACCUUUAGAAAAAGAUGGAGAGUCUGAUCUGGAAAAAGAGAGAAAGAAAAAAGAGAGAGAGGUGGAUGAAAAGGGAAGAUCCAGCUCUGGAAUUCUGUCUGAGCAGAAACGUAACGCUGGAGAAGGGGAGAAAGAACAAGCACAAAAACCAUCUGAGAGCAUGAGCAAAUUUGCCAAACGGAGCAAUGAAGAGACAGUCAUGUCAGCAAGGGACCGCUAUUUGGCAAGGCAGAUGGCACGUGUUGGCACUAAAUCUUACAUUGAGAAGGAAGAAGAUUAAUGUCUCUGUGGUGGACAAAAACACUUGGUCUGUCGACUAAGAGGAAAAGGCACUGCAGCAUGGACUCUUGUACAGAAAUAAAAGUGUAUCCUAGCUAUUUAUUCCUGGCUUUCAUUUAAGAAAUUGUGUGUGCCAUAAUAGAAGAACAUUUGAAAUGGAUUAAUGGAUCACUUGAUAGACACCUUUAGUCUGUUUAUACAGUUAUAAUAUUAAAUUUGGAUGACUCUGUCCACCCUGGCCUUCAGUACUCUGUCCUUGGUACCUGCAGAUUCUGGGACAGACCUAGGAGUGUGUCGUGUCCUGACCAUAGAGGAAGGGACUAACGAGAGGUUCUUUAGCAUUGAUACUUUGGGGGGAAUUAAGGUGAAAUGAUACCAAAUGGUCAAACUUUAUACGAAUUUAUUGAUUACGCAUUUGAAUCACCUGAGGAGUUAAUUUUCUGGCAAUAAAGCAAAGCAAUUACCCUUUGUGUCGGAGGUUACAAAAAGGGAAGAAGAGAGGAAAAUAAGAAAGGAAGAGUUCAGCACCCUGCAUAUGAGUCAGUAUAAAUAUGUACUGGUUUGCUAGCGUCUGCUUCUCUAGUGAACACACUCCAUCAGUUCCCCUACCUGUGCACUGCCUUCUCCUUCAGUUACAAUCUUUUCUCUGGCAUUGACUUGCCAUGCUACUGCUUUGUAUUUCCACACCUUGUUUUCUCUUCAUGAGAAUGCGUCAGUAAACCAGACCUUUCUUUAUUCAGGGUUAUAUGGGGGAGCAACAGAGAUGUAACGUAGAGAAGGAGUAGUGUCAAGGGCAAUGUUGGAUGAAUCUUGAAUCGGAAGGCUUCGAGGAGCUCCCUCUACUACCUGUUGAGUAUUACAGUAGUGCUCAAGCUGGGCAUACCACUUCCUUACUGUCUCUCUUUGGGCAGCCCCCACUGGAGAUGAUGUUCCAUCUAGAACAAGUACCUUAGAUGACCCUCUGAGAAUGAUGGAUUGUUGCCGAAUAAUUUUUUUUGGCCUCUUGCAAGGCUAAGCAGGCUACAAAGGCCUUUCUCCCAGAAGGAAUAUUGCUUCUUGCAUCCUUGAAGCUACGUGAGAAGAAUGCAAUAGGCCUGGUGGGGCCUUCUGGACCUCGCUGCCACAUGUGAAUAGAAAUACCAUGAAUGGAGAAACCCCAGUCGAUCUGCAAAGGGUCAGAGGGAUGGAUGGGGCCCAGCACCUGCUGCACACUUACCUCAAAAAUCAAUAAUUUCAGGGCUUCCUCGUGGGUGCGAGUCCAUUCCCAGGAUGCUCGCUUUCUAGUGAAAUCAUAAAGUGGGCUAUUAUUGACAAGUCAGGGAUAUGCUUCCUCUAGAAUACUAACAACUCAGGGGCAUGUUGCAAUUCUUUUUUGUUUUGGGGAAUUUUAACCUGUUCCAGGGUGGUAAGGGUAUCUGGGGGAAUGCAAAUUGUCCUUCCCUUCCACCAUAUCCCCAAGAAGCUUUAGUGCAGUGGAUGGGCCUUGUACCUUUUCUGGAGGAGUCUGAAGACCUAAGCUUUCUAAAUGAGUGGAAAGGGCUGGUUUAGUUUGUCCUACUGCUUCUAUACUAGACCCUCCAAUCGAGAUAUCAUCUAUAUAUUGAUAGAUCUUAGUGCCUUCAUAGGGGCUAACCUGAGUUAGCUCCUGGGCUAGUGCUUGGUGAGCUAAAAUGAGAGAGUGGCGAUAGCCCUGCGGUAGUCGUGUAGAGGUGUAUUGUGUUCCUUCCCACAUAAAGGCAAAAUGCUUUCUAUCCUCUCUCAAAGGCACCUUAAAAAAAAUAUAUCCUUGGUACUGACUGUGGUGAGGAUAGAGUGGGUGGGGGUGUUCUUGGAUGGUGGCAAGUCACUGCAAUGUCAGAGUGGAGUGGUAGCUGUGUUUAAGUGGCAAUAGUCCACAGUCAAUUGGCGCUUUCCAGACAGGAGAAUUAUAGGGAGAAUGGGUACAGGUGAUAAUUCCUUGCUCCUUCAGAUGAGUUAUUACCAGGGAAAUUCUCUCCUGUGCUCCUGACGGUAGUGGAUAUGGCUUGCUGUUUACAAUUUUAAAUGGAGGUAAGAGCGGGGCUCUUUGCAACAACCGAAAAGACAGAGCUGGCAGUCCAAACACCCAUCGUCUGUCCUCUGUGUCUAACCAGGCACUCCCUUUUAACAGAUCCAGUCCUAAAAUAUUUGUGGGGAGAUGACCUAUAAUCAUGGUGGUCUCUAUUGGAUUAUCAUCCCCUGGGAGCCCACACUUUACUUGAGCAGUUUGCUGGGGAUGAGUAUUUCCAAAAAUGUCAGUGACCCAAAUCUGCUUUUUAUAGGGACAGAUACCAUUUCCGUCAGCUUCUUCCCUCCUUAGGGCAGAGAUUUGGUCACCUCUAUCAACUAAGAAAGUAAUCGGGGUCUUCAGUGGCCCAAGGGGAAAUGUUAUUAAUAGGUCACCCUUUUUAUUCUCAGGGAGCCUUCUCAAAUAGACCCAUUGGCCGUCCUCUGGCUCACUUAUUGAGGACGGUGAAACGAGUUUCCCAACUGUACGGGAGGGGGAAUGUGGGGAUCUCUAACGGGGAGCGCUAACAGAAGGUUUAUUCUGGGGAGAUGUACUUUCUGUCAUAGGAAUGCCUCUUCUAGUUCCCUCCAUCCAUAAGGAGUACUGGUUUCCCUCUGGGGAUACAGGUCAACCAGGGUGGACAGGACCUCCUGAGUGGGGACAAUUAACUAUUCUUAACUGCUGGAUGGUGUUCCAGCCUCGAGGUGCUUCUGCUGGAGUGGGAGUGAGGUUAGAGGUGAUACCUAGCUGCCUUCCAUAAUUAAUUCAUGAGCCACCUCUCCCCAGGUAAGGUCAGUGGGACUUCCCCUGCUACGGGGAUGGGGCAAUCCUAUCUUGGAGUUGGACUGCUUAUAAUUUCAGUGCAUCUGAGAGACUGUGAAUUAGGGGGUGUAAUCUCUCAGGGUCUGCCAUGUACUGCAUAUAGGAGAGGGGCGUUGGGGCAUUGAUAGCCAAUCAUCCAUAAGCUAGAUGCAGGCAGACUUCUGUACACUUCCUAAAACAUGUCUUAGAAUAGGGAUUUUUAUUAAAUAGGGGUCACCUUGUUCCAUAGGAUCUAAUUUGCCAGCCCAGUAGGCCACCCUCUGGGUCAGGGACCACAGUUCCUGACCAUCACCUGUAGUAAGAAACACUGCCAGGCCCCAGCAGCAUCUUCACUAACUAAAAUGCAAUCUGCCCCAGUAAGCAACACCCUCCAAACAUUCUAACACCAAGUGGUCAAACUUUAUACAAAUUUAUUGAUUACACAUUUGAAUCACCUGAGGAGUUAAUUUUCUGGCAAUAAGGCAAAGCAAUUUCUCUUUGUGCCUGAGGUUAUGAAAAGGAGAGAAAGGAAAAAGAGAGGUGGGAGGGGAGAGAGAGUUCACUACCGUGGGAUCCGGUGAUGUCCUGUGCAGUUGGGUCUUCCAAGGGUGGUGAGUGCACACACAGCUAUGCAAAACCUGAGUGUUUAAGCACAGAAGUCUCUGCCCUAUCUCCUCUCUCAUGUUAUCAUAGGGAGGAGUUGCCAUUGUGAAAACAGUCAGCUGCCAGGAGUCUUGCAUCACACACUCAGCUCGUGUUCCAAGAGGCCUGGGUAUGCACAGACCAAACUGGGGCUUGUGGGAUGGCAGGAGCCCCUACACCUUUCACCAGCUGAAACAGUCAGCUCUGUUGAAACAAAGGUGUUCUUGGGCCUUAGCAGCACUUGUUGUCUGCUGAUGCUCUCAAAAAUGAAAAACAGACCUGUAAAAGUGGGAAGAAAGCAAGAAAAACAGUCUAAUAAUGUAGGAGAUUUCUGUACAUAGUAUGGUGUUUUGUAAGCUAAAUUUGCAUUGAUAUAUGAAUUUUGUAUUUAUGUGUGGGCUCUGGUUUUGGGGACCUGUGUACGGAAACAGAAAUGAGGUGUAAGAUACGUACUGGAUCUAAUGUGUGGGUCUUUUUUAAUGCUUGUGUUGUUUUACUGCAUCUUUUUUUUGGUGAGAAAUAAGUUAUACAAGUCUCUACAUGUUUUAGUCAUAUCUGCUUGGUGUACUGGAGGUCAUGUUUUAGAUUUGUCAGUCUGCCUGUUCAAAGUUUCAUAAGAAUAAAGUUAUCUCCAAACUGUAACUUGGUAAGUAGGAUAACCAACAGUGACUGUAGUUUUUGGGAUACAUACUUAUCACAACAGUUUCUUUCACUUUGUUUUGUAGUAAACAUAUUACUUUAUGCUACAGUAGAGUGAAUAUUAAAAAAAAAAAAGUUUUUGAGGUUGGUGUUUCUCUAAUAGUUUGUUCAGCAGACUUAGUAAUGAGACAAAAUUUGAUUAAAAUUAAAUGCCGAGCCUGCUAGUUUACAGAGACUUGAAGUGAGUUUUGUAUGUCAGCUAUCAAGUAGCUAAGCACUUAGUCCAAGUGUGGAUCAGUUUGGUUUUGCUGUUCUGUCUAGACAAAUGUAAUGUGCAUUGGUUCUUCUGUUGGAAUGGAAUGAAAGAGUAUUUAGCAGUGGGCCAAGGUUCAAACGCUGAAGGAAAUCCUCUGCUUUUUGUCAGAGGCCUUGUUGGGAUAGUAAACUGGAUUAGAUACUUUGCUUUUUCUUGGGAUUGAGUUUUAUCUUUGUUCUUAUCAUAAGAGAGAGGCACAAGAGACAUCUACAUCUGGAUUAUGAAUAUUAAAUUUAUUACAAUAACAGUUUACAGUACAAGGCACAUACUGAUGACUUACAAUCAGCUUGCAACACUUGUAACUAAACAGCUGCAUAAAUUAAUAACAGGUGCAUCAUGUACAAGUUGGAGGGAAUACUUAGUUCUGUACAGCUAAAACUCUAGCUUAAUUCUCUUUGCUUAAAAGGCAAACAUGGUCAAAAUUUACCAGUUUCAGAAUUUCCUCUUCACUGUUCAGAUUAGAGGGUAGGAUAGACUCACGUGAUAGAUCAGCAGAAGGUGAACUGAAGAGAAGGAGUUUGUUUGCCUUGCAGUGCAGCCCGUUUGGUAUCAAUAUAACUAUUUUUUGUACAAAAACAAUGUUUAAUGUACAGCUACCUGUUGAGCUACCUGAUAAGUAUCAGUUACUCUAACUGUUUUCAGAUUGGAUAUGUAAAAGGAAGAAAAAAGAGUUACAAAAAUAAAUGAAAUCAAUUUCUCAAUAUUUCAACCACUUAGCUAAAUAGAGACACUAAGAAAGAAACUUAGCAUAAGAAGAUUUAGAAGACUUCAAACCAGGAUACUAUGUAACAAAAAAAUAAUGAGAACUAAACUGCCUUGUAAGUUCAGCUUAUACAGAAUGAAAACAUGGAUGUAUUUUAUCUUUGUAUUAAGAAAAGCCUUUUUCAUUCACUUCUGGAGGGCUUCCUUGCCCCCUGUUCCCAUAAAAACCUCACACUGGAUUAUCCUAGUGAAAAGAGAACAAAGAUCUAACAUCACAAAUUAUCUUCUGGAAUCCAUAAAUGUUUUUCCUGUGACUUGGCACAUCUACAUACUUUCACUCUCUCUCAGUACAUCUGUACUCAGUGCAUUAUUCUCAUUUUUCAACUGGGAAAUUCAAGCUGAGAGACCUUGCCCUAUUUUACACUGCGAAUCUUGCAGGGCUUGUAUUAAUAUCAGGGCUUCUUGGCUGACUUUUAAGCCACUAGAAAACAGUGACAUUUCUUGGGAAGUUUUUCAACAUUCUGUGCUAAAACCACCCAGAAAUACAAUGUCUGUCAUAUAUUAGUGUCUUAAAAAACACAAGUAAAGAUGCAUCUUUUGCCAUUUCAAAUACUGUUAUAAAAGAACAACAUCAGUAGCAUUGCACACUAAAUAGCAGUGAUUUCUGCAAUUAUUACUCUCAAAUUAUUCAAUUAGAAACAACAUUCUCAGUUUCAGUUUGUUUCUAAGGGCUGAAAGAGAAACUUUGGCUUUGAUACAGAUAAUGCUCAUAUUUAACGUAAAUAUUUCUGUCCCCACCAUUAGCCUUCCUAAUAAAAUGACCAAACUUCCUAACAUAAAUGACCAAAAAUUGGAACUGUAAGUUUUGGGUUGGUUUUGCAGAGGGGUGGGUUGGGUUUUUUUAAUGAGUCUGGCACGAAAUUUUAUCUGUAAGAUUUAUCUAAAUACUUACACAUUUAGGAGGAAGAAUACCCAGCAGUAGUUGAACACCAGCCUGAAGAAUGAAAAAGCUGGGUAGGGUUUUCUCCUUCAUUUCUCACACUUGAUACUGGAUACACAUGUAUACCUCAUUCAUCUUACAUUGGCUUUUCAUAUGUAUUUUUUUAAUUAAUUCAUAAAGAAAAUUCUGUUCUUAACAAAAUUCAGUAAUUUUCUGAUUGGUAACUUAAUGACUUCACAAUAUUAAAUGAAUUUCCAGACCAUUCCUCUUUUCCUCACGAUGAAGCCAGUUUUUGAAGUACUUUUCAAAUAUACUUAGGGGCUAAGCUAAAACUAUUUCUAAGGAGUAACUGUUGAGUAAGACAGACUUACUAUGUUUUUCCUGGUGGCAAUGAAAGAACAUAUUCCCUUUUUUAAAAACAGUUUAGGAGUCUUUUUGUUUGUAGUUCCAAAAGAACAGCCCUUGUCCCUUUAUUUCCUUCUUGGAAGUUGGGCCUGAGACCAAAAGUUAAGUGAAUUCAAGUCAAUAGCUGAAGUGUAACAGGUGUCUGCACACCUAAGGGAGAACCAUCCUUUGCGGAAGCAAUGAAAAUGCUUUGAAAAAGCAAACACACCAUCACUGCCUUCCUCUCGUAUGGCAAGUUCUUCCUACCAAUGUAAACUCUUCAGUAGGUUUCUUAGUGCUUGCUGCUAUGAAUGCAUAUAUAACCUUGUGAAUUUAGCAGUACGUUGCCUAAGUAGACUGUGAGAUACAAGAGACUUUUAUCCUCUCCUUUAUUUUGUUAUAAUCUAUGUGGUUUUUACCACAUGAUGCCUACUUAGGUUUAGAUAAACUUCCACCUAACUGCAGCAGAACUAUUCUCCAACUGACUUCGGGCAAGUGCAGUCAGUCUGAAGGGCAGUCACCUUUGGAGAGCAUGUGUAUGCAUAUAAUAAAGAGGUUAGUAUGUGCAUGGAAGUUAAUUUGCAUAUCAGUGCCUUGCAAUUUAAUAUAAAUAGUUCUGAUGAGAAUCAGUCCUGCUGAACUCCACUCAACUUCUUGUUAAAAAAAAA